AUGCACGCCAAACGUCAAGGACGGGCCCCUUGGCACUGGUAUGCCAAAGAUGAUACCCCCGAGGAGCGGAAGCUCAUUAUUAAACUCGAUCUUCUUAUUGUCCCAUAUGCUGUCGUUGCUUACUGGAUAAAGUACAUCGACCAGUCAAAUCUGAACAAUGCCUAUGUAUCUGGUCUCAAAGAAAAUUUGGGCUUCAAUUCAAACCAACUUGUCAACCUUAACGCCAUGUACACGGCAGGGGCUGUUAUCGGUCAGCUUCCCUUUACAUUCCUCUUCCCAAUGUUCCCAAUGAACUAUACCAUUCCUGCUCUUGAGGCUGGAUGGGGUCUCUUUACGCUUUUGCAAUAUCGCGCCCAGGGUUAUGGGGAGCUUAUGGCUUAUCGUUUUUUUGUUGGCAUUUUCGAGGCUGCAUUCUUCCCAGGAGUGCAUUUCGUAUUGGGUGCUUGGUAUAGAGGCGAUGAGAUUGGCCGCCGGGGUGGUAUAUUCUACGUCGGUCAAAUGCUAGGAACUCUGACAGCGGGUCUGGUUCAAAGCGGAGCCUCCGCCCAUCUUGAUGGUGUAAGGGGCUUGGCAGGUUGGAGAUGGACAUUCAUUAUCAAUGCCCUGAUUACAAUUCCAGUUGCCAUUGCUGGGGUAUUCGUCUGGCCAGGAACACCAGCAAAACCAAACAAGCUCUUCCUUUCGGAUAAGGACUUGGCUCUAGCUGUCAAACGUCUCGAAGAGACGAAAGCAGACACCAAAAACGAAGUGAGACAAAGCAAAUGGCGACUCUUGCGAAACAUAGCAACCGAUUGGCGAAUAUACAUACUGACAUUUUGGGAUAUACUAUUCUGGAACGCCUCAUCCUCAUCUUCUGGCGCCUACCUCCUCUGGCUCAAAAGCCUCAAGCGCUUCUCAGCCCCUAGAAUAAACCAGCUGGGGACCACCGCCCCGGCGCUUGGUAUAUUCUAUGUCCUCUUUGUCAACUUCAGCUCCGACCUCCUCUGGGGUCCCAGCGGGGCCAUUGCCUUCGCCAACACGUGGAAUUUCAUCGCCAUGGUUAUCCUCGCUGUGUGGAACGUUCCCGAAGCCGCCAAAUGGUUCGCAUUCAACAGUUCCUAUACGCCGGUGGCCCAGAGCAGCGUUCUCUACGGCUGGACCAACGACAUGCUGCGGCACAACACGGCGGAGCGCUCCAUCAUCCUCGUGAUCAUGAAUUUGAUAGCCCAGAGUACGACGGCAUGGACGAGCGUGCUGGUGUUCCCUACGGUUGAGGGCCCCCGCUUCCUCAAAGGCUAUACAUUCUGUGCGGUGAAUUCCUUCGUGUUGGUGUUGGUUACGUACCUGGUUGUGAGGCCGUACGCUCGCGCGCUGGAGAGGAAGUUCGAGUCUGGCCAACGGAGCCAGGAGGAAGUGGCUGGGUCUGAGGAGGAAGUGAGUGACGAGAACGAUGUGACUAAUAAGGGUGUUACGGUUACUACGCAGGUGGUUAAAUGAUGUCGUUUCGUACAGGAGAACUUGUAUUGGGAGGGGGGAGAAGGUACAUGAUUCAAAUAUGAGAAUAUAGGUGAC